AGGGAGCUGGCGUACCAGAUCGCCGAGCAGUUCCGUGUCCUGGGGAAGCCCCUCGGCCUGAAGGACUGCGUGGUGGUGGGCGGCCUGGACAUGGUGGCGCAGGCACUGGAGCUCUCCCGUAAACCCCACGUUGUCAUCGCUACGCCCGGCAGGCUGGCAGAUCACCUCCGCAGUUCCAACACUUUCAGCCUUAAAAAACUGAAGUUCUUGGUUUUGGAUGAAGCUGACCGGUUGCUGGAGCAGGGCUGUGCUGACUUCACUGCGGACCUGGAGGUGAUUCUGGAGGCUGUUCCAGCACGCAGGCAAACGUUGCUGUUCAGCGCCACGCUAACCGAUACGCUGAACGAGCUGAAGAGCCUGGCUGCAAACAGACCGUUCUUCUGGGAGGCUGUGUCCGAGGUGCGGACGGUGGAUGAAUUGGACCAGCGCUACUUGCUUGUACCCGAAGCAGUCAAGGACGCGUACCUUGUCCAUUUAAUCCAGACCUUCCAGGACGAGCACAAAGACUGGUCUAUUAUUAUCUUUACCAAAACCUGCAAGGACUGCCAGGUCUUGAACAUGAUGCUUAGGAAAUACAGCUUUCCUUCUGUAGCUCUGCAUUCCAUGAUGAAACAGCGGCAACGAUUUGCAGCUUUAGCAAAGUUCAAGUCCAGCAUCUUUAAGAUUCUCAUUGCCACUGAUGUUGCUGCCAGAGGUUUGGACAUUCCUACGGUACAAGUUGUCAUCAAUCACAACACUCCCGGCCUGCCGAAAAUCUACAUUCACCGGGUUGGCCGGACAGCCCGUGCAGGUCGGAAAGGAAUAGCUAUUACACUGGUGACGCAGUACGACAUCCACCUUGUACAUGCUAUUGAGGAGGAAAUCAAACUGAAGCUGCAGGAGUUCUCUGUGGAGGAGCAGUCUGUGCUUGACAUCCUCACCCAAGUGAACGUCACCAGGAGGGAAUGUGAAAUAGAGCUGGAGGGAAUGGAUUUUGAUGAGAAGAAAGAAGUAAAUAAGCGGAAACAAAUGAUCCUGGAAGGGAAGGAUCCAGAUCUGGAGGCAAAAAGGAAGGCAGAGCUAGCCAAGAUCAGGAAGAAAAACAAGCAAUGCCGUGAGAAGGUCCAGCAGACGCUGCAGAAGAAAAAGCAACUGCAGCUGAAGAGGAAACUGCAGAAGAAGAUGGAGCGGCGGAACAAACUGCAUGCUAUGGAAGAGAAACAGCAUCCUUUGGCCUGA